AUGUCCUUCGUGCCUUUUGGAGGGUUGGUGCGACUUCGUGGUGGCCCGGAUGAGUUGGAAGGCACAGUGGAGGUGUUUGCCAGUGGAGCCUGGGGCACAGUCUGCAGCAGCCACUGGGAUGACGCCGAUGCUGCCGUCGUCUGUCACCAGCUGCAGCUGGGAAGAAAAGGAGUGGCGAAACACACCCCGUUUUCCGGCCGGGGCCUUGCUCCCGUUCACUGGAGCAGCGUCCGUUGCCGCGGAGAUGAAGAAAACAUUCUGCUCUGCGAAAAGGACACCUGGCAGGGCGGGGCGUGUCCUCAGAAGAUGGCAGCUGCUGUCAGGUGCAGCUCUUCCCAUGGCGCAGGCCCAGCCUCCCCCGUUCUGCGCCUGGCUGGCGGGAGCAGUGUGCGCGAGGGCCGCGUGGAGCUGUACCGAGCCGGGCAGUGGGGCACCGUCUGCGACGACCAGUGGGAUGACCUAGACGCAGAAGUGGUCUGCAGGCAGCUGGGCCUCAGUGGCAUUGCCAGAGCCUGGACCCAGGCCUACUUCGGGGAGGGGUCCGGCCCCGUGAUGCUGGAUGAGGUCCGCUGCACGGGCAACGAGCUGUCCAUAGAGCAGUGUCCGAAGAGCUCCUGGGGCGAGCACAACUGCGGCCACAGCGAGGACGCUGGGGUGUCCUGCACCCCUCUGACGGAUGGGGCCCUCAGACUUGCAGGUGGGCAGGACAGCCACGAGGGUCGCCUGGAGGUGUAUUACCGGGGACAGUGGGGGACCGUCUGUGACGAUGGCUGGACGGAGCUGAAUACAUACGUGGUGUGCCUGCAGCUGGGAUUUAAGUAUGGCAGGCAGGCCUCUGCCAGCCGCUUUGAGGAGAGUGUGGGGCCCAUCUGGCUGGAUGACGUCAGCUGCUCAGGAAAGGAGACCAGCUUCCUCCAGUGCUCCAGGCCACCAUGGGGCCUGCAUGACUGCAGCCACCGGGAGGACGUCGGCAUGGCCUGCUACCUGGGCGGCGAGGGACACCGGCCCUCUCCAGGCUUUCCGGUCAGACUGGUGGACGGCGAGGACGAGAAGGAGGGCCGCGUGGAGGUCCUCAUCGGCGGCCAGUGGGGAACCGUCUGUGACGACGGGUGGACUGACCACGACGCAGCCGUCGCCUGUCGGCAGCUCGGCUACAGGGGCCCCGCCAGGGCAAGAACCAUGGCCUACUUUGGGGAAGGGCGAGGACCCAUCCACCUGGACAACGUGCAGUGCGCCGGGGGCGAGCGGUCCCUGGCCGACUGCCUCAAGCAGGAGAUCGGGAGCCACAACUGUCGGCACAGCGAAGACGCAGGCGUUAUUUGCGAUUAUUUUGGCAAGAAAGCACCAGCGCCCCUCCCGCCUGUCUGUGGGCUCAGGCUGCUUCCCCGUCGGCAGAAGCGGAUCAUUGGUGGGAGAAAUUCUCUAAGGGGCGGCUGGCCUUGGCAGGUGUCACUGCGGCUCAGGUCGUCCCACAGAGAUGGCAGGCUCCUCUGCGGGGCCACGCUCCUGAGCAGCUGCUGGGUGCUGACGGCCGCACACUGCUUCAAGAGGUACGGGAACAGCACGAGGAACUACGCUGUCCGGGUUGGGGAUUAUCACACGCUGGUGCCUGAGGAGUUUGAAGAAGAAAUCGGAGUUCAACAGAUUGUCGUUCACCGGGGGUACCGGCCAGACAGCAGUGACUAUGACAUCGCCCUGGUUAGGUUGCAAGGACCUGAUGAGCAGUGCGCCAGGUUCAGCAGCCAUGUCCUGCCGGCCUGCCUGCCACUCUGGAGAGAGAGGCCACAGAAGACAGCCACCAACUGUUACAUCACAGGAUGGGGAGACACAGGACGAGCCUAUUCCAGAACUCUACAGCAAGCAGCCAUCCCCUUACUGCCCAAGAGGCUGUGUGAAGAGCGCUAUAAGGGCCGCUUUACGGGAAGGAUGCUCUGUGCUGGAAAUCUCCAUGAGCGCAGCCGCGUGGACAGCUGCCAGGGAGACAGUGGGGGACCCCUCGUGUGUGAGCGCCCAGGGGCCAGCUGGGUGGUGUAUGGGGUGACCUCCUGGGGCUAUGGCUGUGGAGCCAAGGAUUCGCCUGGUGUUUAUACCAAAGUUUCAGCCUUUGUACCUUGGAUAAAAAGUGUCACUAAACUGUAAUUCAUGGGAACCUCGAGAAAACAGUCUUUGAAGAAUCUGCUGGAAAUGUUCAGCCGCCACCUUAGUCUUCAACCAGAUGUCAGCUAACGAGGACCGAGGUCCAGCUGUGCUGUUGUGAUAAAAACCACGCACCCCUCUGCUGCCUGGGAGUUGUGAACUUGUUAGAAACCUCCACGUGGUCCUGGUUUUCCUUGAUUAGCAGUUGCCCCGCCACGUUGGUUUCACUGGAGACUAAAUUUAUUCCCAUUUGAACUUAUUUCUCAGAUUCUCCAGAGAUUAUUGUAUAUGUUGAACAUGCAGUGACAGUUUUUACAUUUGGAGAACUCCUUAUAACGGAAUGAAUGACAUAUGGCCAUAUUUGACACAAAAAAUACUCAUUACUACACUCAGAAUGAGUGGCAUUGUUUUCUGUCUACAUAGGUUUAAACUCAGUUUCUUUUUCCAAAAGCUGACCAGUCAUGCAUCUGAUCUCUGUAACCUUUGUCAGGUGAGGAAAUCAAGGCCUAGAGGUGAAGGAAUUCUACUGACUACCCAGACUGGGGUAGUUUCACUGUCACAGAAAGUUCCUGAAUGAAGCCUUUGUACCAGGCACUGUGGCAAUAACAGGAAAACAUUCUACCUGCCGUGUGCUGCUGGACAAGCACGCAAGACUUCCUGGGAACACAAUACUGUCUUCAGGUUGUUGGACACACAACCUAAUUUAUCCACCCUAUUUGUUAUCUACUCUGGUUACUUUUUUCUUCACCAUGACCUGAGAGCCAUCUUUGAAACUUUAUGGUAACUGACUUAAACCUGUAGAUAUAUCCUAAGACCAGCCUGAUGGUCCCAUUUAAUACACUAAAACUGCUUUCCCUGCCCGCAGUGGAGAAAAACUCCGAAGUAACUGUUUCAUGGGGUUUAACUGGUGCACUGGUGGUGUGCUCAGGCACCACCGCUAAGGUUACAGUCAAGGUAACAGGCCUGGAGGUCAAGGUGAGAGCUGGUAAAAGGACUUGAAUCCAAACUCCCAAGACGGGGGGCCCAAUGCUAAGUGUUUUGCCCCUCAUGGUUCUCCUGCCUAAAGGGAACCUUUCUCUGGAUAUUUCCUAAAGGGGUAAGGAAUAGCUGCUUACUGUGCCCUCACAGUAUUCUUGGUGGCAGUGCCAAGUCUCUGCCCAAAUAUAAAAGACAUGCCCCUCAGGAUACUUGAUUCUGUUCAGACAUGAUGUGAGUCCUCCAAAUCCCAGGUAGCUCAGUUCUAUAUCCAAGGACAGAUGCAUAAAAACGGUUGAAGAGGCCAGUGCGAAUUUUAGGGCUAAGAGUGAUUAAGUAUACUCCUUUUAAGGAGGGACCUCUCCCGUUUCCCUUCUCUAUCAAAUUGUGCUGUUUUGUAAAUCCCCAGCUUUGUAAAAAAGUGGUGCUAACCAAAUGGUGCUUUGCUGUAUAGUUCACUUUGCAGAAUUGCAGUGCUAGUCAGGUAGAAUCACAACUUUUCUAAAAGCUCAUGAUUUUGAUAAACUUUUUAAUAAUUUCCAUCUAGCGAUGAGCUAGUCAGUGCCCUACAGGUGAGAAAAUUUAUCUCUCCCGGAACUUUCUCACAGCCUGGUGCAAGCAACAUUCACAGUAAAAUUUUAACAGGUGGCAUACAAUUUCCUCAACCUUUUGAUUCGUGAAAUAUGCCUUUCUUCUAGCUAAUUUGUUAAGUGUGUGACUUUUGUAAGAUACAAAUGGUGAGUGCACGUUUAUGAAAAUAAAGUGCAUAGCCUUUCA